AUGCAUGACGAAGAUUGCCAAUUACCAAGCCUUGAUUGGCUAACAGAUUCCGUAAAACAUAAAUCAUCGACAUUACAUUUUCCUGAUCCUCUUGCAUGUCAUUUUUCGCAACAUUCCAAACAUCCGAAAAUUCAUCAUAACCAGAAAAGUGCACCAAAAGAUGUCGAUUUUUCAAAAGAAGCAAUAAAGCCACCAUAUAGUUAUGCUGAAUUAAUAACAUUAGCAAUGCGACAGCAUGGACAAAGUAAAGUAUUACUUAGUGAUAUUUAUGAUUAUGUGAGAAAAAAUUUUGCAUGGUAUCGUAAAACCGAUAUCACAUGGCAGAAUUCAAUAAGACAUAACCUUUCAUUGAAUAAGCAAUUCAUUAAAUUACCGCGUAAAAAAGGUGAAAAAGGAAAAGGCUCAUAUUGGAUGCUCGAUCUUAAUGCGAUGGAUUCAUCUGGUUUAAAAGUGAAAAGGAAUGGUUCAGCAACACAUAGUAAAAUGAAAGUUUUGGAGAAAGGCUGCAAGCCAACUUUAAAUCCUGCAGUUUUAUCAUAUUUAAAGAAGCAAAAUGAGCCAAAAAAUCCAGGGAAUAGCUAUUAUCAGUUACAAACAAUAACUGAGCAUGAUAAAUCGCCAGUAUGGUGGAGAAAUGAAGAAAAUUCAACAUUUCGAAAUUCACCAGAUUUUGGACAACCAUCAUUACCAAGGUUUAUUGAUGCAUUUGCAAACGGUAGCUUCGAAUGUCCAUUAAGUUCAAAUGCUGAAACAGAAGAACAUCCAUGGGAUGAAGUGGAUUUAAAAAUUACCGAUGAAUGUUUAUUUUUUGAUUUAUCCAUGUGAUGAUUAGUUUUGGUGCUUCGGUUGACAAUUUUAUAAAAUGUUUUUACAUUCAGC